CUUCAUUGCAACUUUCAAUUGACAUGCAUGUCUGUCUCUUGCCAACAGAGACCUUACUCCAUAUAUUUGCGAUUAUCCAUGAAGACUAUAACUCACUAAUAUCUCGUGCCGCACUUGCUGCUCUUGCAAGAACCUGUAUGACAUUCAAAGAGCCUGCGCUUGACACACUUUGGAAACAUAUUGAUGGAUUCGAGCCACUUAUCUUGUGCUUCCCUGAAGGUGUCCGUGAUAGAGAUGUGGAAGGAAAAAUGACGCUCACCAGACCUCUCUUCGCAAAAGAGUGGAGCACUUUUUCUCAAUAUGCACACCGUAUCCGUUCUUUGACUUUUGACUCCUCUGAGCCAAAUAUCAUAGACGACCGAAUUGUGCAGGCGCUCAUUUCUGCGCCAUCAUCCACACCGUUGCCGAACCUUUGUAGGUUGCAUUGGCUCGAUGACCAAGAAUGCUUCAUCCCAUUAUUGCGUUGCCUCCUUGUGCCAACUAUCAGGUCGAUAGAGCUGCGCUCUAAUAUUUCAGGAAUCCCCUGGUCACCCUCCUUUGCCAAAUCAGCAUUGUUAACUUCCCUCGUAGUUCGGUGUCCAUCCGUUCGGGAAUUCAAGUGUGUAUACCAAGGUGAUUCUGAAGACACUUCAGAUGUAAUAUCCGACGCCGUAUGUGGUUUGCGGGAGGUCUUCCAUCUUGAGGCAGGGGUUCUUAACACACAAGCGCUCCUUCACUUGGCUUCUUUGUCGUCGUUGAAGUCCCUGCACUUCAGAACAUACAAUAUUAAGAGCACACAAACCAAUGACGUUCCAAUCUCUCUCUCCCAAAUCAAUCUAGUACAAAUCGCUGCACCGUCGCUUUCUGUUCUGGCUCACUGUCUUAGAAAUGUCUAUUUCUUUUGCUGUCGAUCAGUUACGUUUGACAUCGAUUCAAACUGGGGGCUACCUUAUGAUCCACUGGUAAUCCCAGAACUCAUCAUCUCAUUAUCGGAGCACUUCUCUCCUGCUCUCGAAUAUUUCAGUUUCGACUUCGAUCCACCGUUCUUUUCCCUGGAAGACGAAGCCAUACUUGUUAAUCCCCGUUUUGCACUUACAUUCGAUGCAAUUGCCCCGUUAUUGUCCUUGAGUCACUUGACGAAGGUAGACCUCGAUUGGAUCUGCGCUUCGGCUAUCGAUGAUGCGUCACUCAAAAGGAUGGCGCAAUCCUGGCCUCUGCUCCAGCAAUUCUACUUUGGAAGUGGGUGCCGUUGGAUGGUCCCACCAUCUCUCACGUUCAUAGGAUUGAUACACCUUAUACAACAUUGCCGGGACUUGCGUAUCGUUGACAUGACUUUCUGCGCAUGCUCGGUAGACACCGAUAGCGAGCCGUUCUCUAAAACGAUUCCCAACAAGAAUAUCUCAUCAAUUUUUGUGGGGAUGUCUCCGAUUGUCGAUCCCAUUGCCGUGGCCUGUCAAUUACAUACGUUGAUGCCCAAUUUAACCGGCGUGGACCGCUUCGGAUCGCUCGAGGAAAUCCGCGUCGCACCACAAUUUCAAAAUUUUGAUGAGGAUUGGGCUCAAGUUGACGACUUCUUGACGGUGCUCAAUACAGGCGCAAAAAUGAGAGAAAGCCUAUCCAAGCAACCCAUGAGUGCCUUGACUCACCCUAGUGUUUAGACGUGGAUACAAGAUGGUACUAUAUAUUCCCAACGUCUACUGAGCACGUCCUCAAUUGUUUUAUACAAAAUUUUCUUACUACUUUCUUCACCUUGAUCAUCACAACCACAGCACUUGUUUGUUCUUGAUAAUCAAUACCAUGCAUACUCAAACCCUCCUUCAAAUUUACUGACUUUCCCAUAAUCAAGGCUCAGGUAUGAUAAAGGCCGUUCACGCUCUACCUAUUGCUUGAUUCAGCUUGAAGCGAGCGUUCUCUUAGUGGAGAAAGCUCAACUACC